UUGAAACGGCUGUGUGUCUGGUUGGAUCAUGAACGCACCACAGCCAGACUGUUGUCAAGAGAAACGUUGCUAACAUUAACUUAACCACACGGCUAAUAGCUUGCAAGUGAUUAUAAGUUUGAGUGUGUCUUUGUCUCUUCGGCAGGAGGAAGAUGCUGGGGUAUAUCUGGCAGUACGUCUACACGUCAUUCCUGAGGUACUGGCUGAAGUGGUUCAUCAGACAAGCAACAGGGAAAUGUGAGCUGCAGAGAAUAUGCUCUGGAUACAAGCCUGGGGCCACAAGGACAACAAAAGCAGAAUAUUCUCUCCGCUCAUCAAAGAGCAAGGUUUUAAGAGGAGCUUUGGAAACCAACAAGGAUAAUUUAGAGCAAUGUGUGGAUCAAAUUAUGAAAGAGAAGAAUAUCAAACCUCAGAAAGAUCCGCUGUUCAGGGGAAGCCUACACAUCUGUCUGUUACAGAUAACAGGAACCAACAGCCUGUAUGUUUCUGUGGAAGAACUGAGAAAGGAAGUCUUCAGCUCUGAGAAUGAAGAGCACGAGGCCAUGCUGUUGAAGCUGUGGGACCUGUUGAUGCCAACGGUCAAACUGGAGUCGAGGAUAACCAAACAGUGGGGAGACAUCGGAUUCCAAGGAGACGACCCGAAGACUGACUUCAGAGGAAUGGGCCUGCUGGGCCUCAUCAACCUUGUUUUCUUCAGUGAAAACUACACAGAGGAGGCUCGUCAGGUGUUGUCUCAUGCAAACCAUCCUAAACUCGGGUAUUCAUAUGCCAUCGUUGGGAUCAACCUGACAGAGAUGGCCUACAGCCUCCUGAAGAGCGGGGCUUUGAAACCCCAUUUCUAUAACACAGUACAGGGCGCACCUGAGCUCCGGCACUUCCAUCAGCUAUACUGUUAUCUGGCGUAUGAAUUUGAUAAAUUCUGGGUGGCAGAAGAACCAGAAAGCAUCAUGCAGUUCAAUCAGUACAGAGAAAAAUUCCAUAACAUAGUCAAGAUGCAUCUACAGGACCCUGCCGUAACCCUCACAUUGACUGUCCGCUCUAAAAACUAACAUUAUUCAGAAGUGUUCCCUCACCUCUCCACCUCGCCCUGACGAAGGCAAGAAGCUUAAGCAGUGCUGAACAUUAAAGGCAUAAAAAACAGAUUGAAGUUGGCCAGUCACUCAAAAAUCUGAACACAUGAAUCCUCUUAUAUUCGGUUUUUGUGGCUCAUUAGUCCUGCUCUGUUUAUCCUGUUAAAGUGAGAGUUAAGGGUUUUAAAAUGGAGCACAAAGCUAACACCCUAUACCUCAAAAAUGACCAUUCCAGUGUUUAAUUAACCUUCGUACUGUGGAGGCGAAAUGAGAGCUGCUGCAGAGGACUGUACAGAUAACGGGUCUGUCUUUUGUGAGGCUUUAAGCACUUUCAGCGAGCAAGCAGCCAAAAUUGUUGCAGUUAAAAGAUUAAACUACCAUAUGUGUAGCUGUCUUGUUUGUAGUGAUGUAAACAAGAUCUCACAGUUGUUCCACUCAGGAAUUUGAUUUUCUAUGUCCAGAGACCAUGGCUAAGUUUGUGCAUGUUCUAAUGUGUCCCCGUUGAUGGCAUCUGUAUUCUGUAAUAUAGGUGAUGUGGAACUCAAAAU